AUGAAAUGUAACCGCACGACGUCCUCGCCUCAAUACUACGUCGAUAUGUUGCCAAAUGAAAAUCCCAAUAGAAGUGGACAACGGAAUCCACAUACGGGUCCAAGAUCUGACGAGGUUCACGAGGUUUCUCUUGGCGUGGUUUUCGAUCAGCACUCCGAUGAAAUUCAAGAGGCCUUUAAGUUUGCUAUGUCACAGUUUUCCAAUGGCAUAAAUAAAACUCGGCUUGACUUUCAACUAUUCGUUGAUGUAAUCAAUACAGCAGAUGCAUUUAAGCUCUCCAGGCUGAUUUGCAACCAAUUCUCUCGCGGCGUAGUUUCCAUGCUGGGCGCUGUCACACCGGACUCCUUCGACACCCUACACUCUUAUACGAACACCUUUCAAGUACCCUUCGUUACUCCAUGGUUUCCUGAAAAAGUACUUCCCCCAACGUCUGGCUUGAUCGACUACGCUGUGAGUCUUCGUCCUGAUUACCACAAAGCUGUUAUCGAUACAAUUACUUUCUAUGGCUGGAAGAGCAUAAUUUACAUCUACGACUCCCAUGACGGUCUGUUACGUCUACAGCAGCUGUAUCAAAGUUUGCAACCAGGAAAAGCCACAUUUCGCAUUACCAAUGUAAAACGAGUGUCUAAUGCAUCGGAUGUCAUCACAUUUCUCGUCUCACUCGAGAGGAUCGAUCGUUGGAGCAACAAAUACGUGGUAUUAGAUUCUGGAACUCAACUGGCGAAAGAUGUACUCAUUUUACACGUCCGUGAUGUGCAACUUGGCCGACGAAACUAUCAUUAUUUUUUAAGUGGUCUGGUGAUGGAUGAUCGUUGGGAAAAAGAUGUAACUGAGUUUGGUGCAAUUAACAUCACUGGUUUCCGGGUCCUUGACCUUUCUAGGAAGUUUGUCAAGAAUUUCAUCGAUCUCUGGCGCCGUGAUACCAUUUCGGCUCAGGCUGCUCUGAUGUACGAUACAGUACAGGUUCUUGUCGAUGCCAUCCUUCGUAUGCUACGCAAGAGACCUGACUUCCUUCGUGGAACUUUCCGUCGCGCCAACGGUAGCAGUGUUAUUGACUGCAACCCGAAAAACCAAAUUAUACCAUAUGAGUAUGGAGAGAGGAUUUCUCGCAUCAUCAAACGAACGGAGAUAGAUGGCUUGACUGGACCCAUCCGUUUCAACGAAGCUGGUCACCGGCGAAAUUUUACUCUGCAAUUGAUUGAAAUGACUGAUAAGAGAGAGAUGGUUAAGAUCGGAACAUGGUAUGACAACAAAGGGCUGAUUCCAAUCUCAACCAAGUUCCCUGGUCUCAAGGAGUUGGGUUACUACGACCGAAACAAGACUUACAUCGUAACAACCAUAAUUGAGGACCCAUAUGUGAUGCACAGCAAGGAGUUUGUUGACCCAAAUGCUAAGUAUAGGGGCUUCUGUGUGGACUUGACUCAUCUUUUGCUGGAAAAAUUGGAAAUUAAUUUUGAAAUAAGACUUGUCAAAGACGAUAAGUAUGGCGCUGUGAACCCUAAGCUUGUCGGUGGGUGGGAUGGCCUAGUUGGAGAGCUUGUGCGAAACGAGGCAGAUAUGGCUAUUGCACCGCUGACUGUUACUUUAGAACGUGAAGAAGUGAUUGAUUUUAGCAAACCAUUCUUAUCUUUUGAUGCUACUACUAAGAAUGAGAACUUGCCGGAUAUUGCAACGAUUUUCACUUUCUUGCGCCCUUUGUCUAUGGAAAUUUGGUUCUCGAUCCUUGGAAGCAUGCUCGGUGUCAGUCUCUGUCUGUUCCUUGUAUCGAGAUUUUCUCCAAACGAAUGGCGCGUUAUGUCGCUCACCGAUAGUCACACCACUGAUAACAAUGAAAUUGCAACUACCAAGACUACUGUGGUGAACGAAUUUAGCUUUUGGAAUUCAAUGUGGUUUUCGUUAGGAUCCUUUAUGCAACAAGGCAGCGAUAUUACCCCGAGGUCAAUUUCUGGACGUAUUGUAGGGACUUUCUGGUGUUUAUUCGCACUGGUGGUUGUUUGCACGUACACAGCGAAUAUGGCUUCGUAUUUAACUAUCACGCGUAUUAAUGAGCCUCUCCAAACUUAUACGAGAGUGACGACUUGCCCAGAAGACCAUGUUCGUCGUCGUCCAGUUGAAGUUCACGAUGACCCUGUCUGGAUGGGAUUUUUGUCAACUCAACAAUUCAUGGGACAAACUGAUGUGAAAAAACCUUGCGAAAUGAUGAUAUCUGUAACACAGUCAGGAGUCAAAGACUUAGCUGUAGCCUUUCCUAAGGGAUCCAAACUAAGGGAUGGAGUGAAUUUAGCUAUUCAGGCUCUGAAAGAUGAUGGUGAAUUGCAAACUCUUGUACGAAAAUGGUUCAUCGAUAGCAAAUGCUCUGCUGACAGUGAGAUUCAUGGCAAGGAACUAACACUGAAUCAAGUAGCUGGUAUAUUUUACAUAUUGUUGGGUGGAAUGGGCCUUUCGUUGGCAGUAGCAUUGUUCGAAUUCUUCAGACAUGGACGCUCUGAGGCUGCUCGUGCGAAUAUUUCUAUUCGAAGAGCUCUAAGGGCUAAAGCUUUAAGGAAUGGCCGUGUUACUUCACCAGUACCACAAAGCGAAACUCAAGAAGAACAGGAACAUAUUGAUUGGAACGGAGGCGCUUAUGGUGGAUAUUACACGUCGAGUACCCAACCUGCUCAGGAGGAGACUGCUCUACACGGCAGCUUCACACAAGUC